UUUCCAGUGGAGACGAUUGUUCAAUCGGUCACGCUGCAGGGUCGACAUAAUUACGAUCCGAGGGUGGUAAAGUCCUACUAUUUACUGUACAGCAUGGAUGGUGUCACGUGGACAACAGCGAUGUCACAAGAUGGAUCACCAAAGUUGUUUGCUGGAAAUGUUGAUCCUCAUACUCCAGUGACGUCCUACGUAACACCAAACAUCACUGCUCUACACGUUCGUAUAAACCCACAGUCAUGGUACCUGCACAUUUUUGUUAGGUUCGACGUUGGUGGUUGUCAGAUCCGGAAACUGAACGAUAAACAAAGCAGGUUUGCUAGGAAGUCAGUGAAGCUCAACGAAGAAAUGAUAAAUUCAAACGUCGUUAUGCCAGCGAAGAUAAUGACGUCGAUGAAAGAUUGUUCAAUGGCAUGUCGUCAUCACAAAUCAUGCAUGGCCUUCACCUAUCAGGCUACAGACGGAAUACAAUGGUGUACAGGCUACAACGCAUGGAAUGUAGUGCCAGCGAAGAUUUCCAUCCAGGAAGCUGUAUUCGUUAGCCAAGAAAUCCUCGAUGCCUAUGGCUAUAAAGAAGAACAGGGCAUGACCAUGUCAUACAAUGUCCUUGAGGUUAGGGCGACACGAGCAGAUGCAACAGCUACAUGUGCAGCACAGGGCACACGGUUGAUCAUGGUCGACACUACAUCCAAACUGACAAGGCUGCAGAACUACAUCGAUGGUAAACGUGUACUAAAGAACAACUACGGAAUGUUCGUCUCCGGAAAUUACAACUCCGGGAUAUGGCUGUAUGAUAGCGAAGGGACUGAGAUAGACAGCGCCCUCUGGUCUCCCGCAAACCCCGACCCCAGUCAAGGUCACUGUGUGAUGUUGACACUGACUGGCCUAGCCAGUGUCGAUUGUGGACAGAAACAACUUGCAAUCUGCGGGUAUUAAAGACGACGACUUUGAAAUCAUUUAGAUAUUUGGUGUUAAUGUGCAUAUUUGGUAUCAUUUAAUUUGAAAAGAAAGCUAAAAAAUAAUUUGGUAAAUUUAGAGAUAAAUGUAUGAAACUUAUAUGUCACUAUGAUACGAAAUGGAAUCAUUUUUAGGGAAAUUUCAAUGACAUAUUUUAACCCGAUGCGGCGAUUGGUGUAUUCAGAGAGGUGGAUAAUACGUUGACUUACAUUGGCAUGGAUGUUAUCUUCAAGAUAAUGCAAGUGUAGUCAUCAAUUGUAAAUGCACAAUAAAGACUUCAAUCAGUAAUCCUAUCAUCUGUGGCCACCGUCCAUAACAGACCUUAAUGUGUUAAUAUGACAUAAAACAAAACAAUGCCAGAGCGAGUAAAAAUGAUUAUAUCGAUUGAAGGGAUGAAUCCAAUAUUAGGGAUCAAAUACAUAAGAGAGGCAACUCUUUAAAACGCUGGUGUCUCAGUUUACGACAAUGGAUUCGAAGUUCAACUUACAUUUCGUAUCCUUGAUGAAGGGGAUUUCAGUUUACGACAAUGGAUUAGAAGUUCGUUUUACAUUUCGCAUCCUCUAUGAAUCGGUUUUCAGUUUACGAAAAUGGAUUAGAAGUCCAAUAUACCUUUCGUAUCCUUGAUGAAGGGCAUUUCAGUUUUCGACAAUGGAUGAGAAGUUCGAUUUACAUUUCGUAUCCUUGAUGAAGGGGAUUUCAUAUUUCAUAAAUAAUAUCUGUGACAUUUCCUUGAAAGCGACGCUUAAAACAGUUUUGAGAUGACUCAAAUCUUUUCAACUUUUGUGAUUUUUUAAACAAAUUCAUAAAUACAAGAACAGUCGAUCUACAGUCAACCUAAGAUUUUUAACCUUUAUGUGUUAAUCAAACUUAUAUUCCUCGGACUUGAUGUUAUCUAUCAUUCCACUGGAUAGUUACCUAAAGCAGGGUUCUGAUCAGACUCUUUUUCGUUACUGCAAUGUAUCACAAAUCGAUUGUUCUACAACAAUACCACAUUAGACUGCCAUAUUCUGAUUUUAAACCAUUGAUUAUGAACUGAAUUAAACUGAUCUGGCCAGAAUAUUGGUUCCGAACGGUAAACCAACGCGGAGAAGAACUUUUAGGUUCAAUCACUUCUGUUUUACAGCCUUCAUUUGCUGACUACUUGUUUCAGUUAAAUGCUUAAUAACUAAACUAGCUAUGGCUAGUGCAGAUGUAAGGAAAUGGACUUUUGGCCAAUGUCUGUCGAUAUCUGAGGGGCAUGUAGUUUAUAUGACAUGUUCAUAAUAAUCAAAUAAUUACUGUAAUUGUAUAAUAGGAAUGAGUAAUCUCCCUUUAACUAUUGUAUUAUAACGUUUUCAUUUUUAAAUUAAUAUCUGUGAUUUACUAAAUGUCCAACUAUUACUUUAGCCACCGUCGGAGAGAAUUUGUUAUUCAAUUCCAUUGACUGUAAUCAUCUUUGUAAAUAAAAUUUAUUGAAAUGAAAUGAAAAGAACUAUACAAUAAAAUGUGUUUUGUAACCAAUUGAUAUCAGUGAUUUAUCUUUUACCUUUUACCGUGUAGUUCAGAGUUUAAUGUGCUUACUUUCUGUGUGUCCUUUUAAUCUAGUGUAAUUUGGCCCCAUAUGUCUCAAAUUGUAGAAGGACCGUGAAACAGUACAAUUUCUAACAACCUAGUCCUGAUGACAUUAAAACAAGAGGUCAGAGAGGCUUUUAUUUCACUUUAGUUUGAUGAGGCAUUGGUUUCCAAAAUGAUAUUUUACUUCAAUUUUAUUCUCGUGCAUUUAAAUUAUAUUUUACUAUGUUGUUGUGUGAUGCCUUUGUGGUCUUCUUUCAUUUUAUUCAUAAUUAACAUUUAUUAUGAGUAAAAAGUCAGAUUAUAAGCGGUGAUAUCGAAUGGCCACUGAAUGUUCAAUUUUUUUUCUAUUCAUAUUUUACAUGUUUAUUUGUGUAGCAAAAUAAAUGAACACUUUUGCUCCUGGUAUCAUUGACAAAGCAACUGUAUAUUGCUACCUUAUAUAUAUAUUACCAUAUAUGGAAUUCUUUAUUAAUGUCAUACGUAAUAGUGCGACUCAUUGGUGUUUUGUAAAAUCCUAUCACGUGGAAUUUACGACACAGAAAUACGUUGAGGAAAAAUAUUAACAAUAAUUUACACGAUUUUUUGCUAUUUUUUUUAUUUUAUGAAACAGAUGAGAAGUAAUGAGUGAUAUCAAAUGGCCCUAUAAGAUUAUGUGAUUCUUAUAUGAUAUCCAAUAUCAAAUAUUACAAUUUUAUAAGAUUUUAUGUCAAUCUAGUGUGUUUUUCCCCACUCCCCUCCUAGGUAUCAAAAUUUUAGGCCCUUACAUCACUGAUGAGACUUAAGUUUUUAUCUCCUGUGUCAAAGUUUGUAUUUGUAUUAUGAAAUAGUUUUAUCUACUAUGUCUUACUUUGUUUAUGGAUUGUGUCUAUCUUUGUAUUUGUAAUGAAAGAUAUUUUAUCUACUGUGUCUAAAUUUGUAUUUGUAAUGAAAGGUAUUUUAUCUACUGUGUCUAACUUUGUAUUUGUAAUGAAAGGUAUUUUAUCUACUGUGUCUAACUUUGUAUUUGUAAUAAAAGGUAUUUUAUCUA